AUGCCUCAGCCAAGCCUCAAGGAACUCAAAGACCAAACUCCCCUCAACGAUGUCCUCAAAGAACAGACCGCCCAGUACGACGACUGCUUACCUUGCAGACUAAUGGGAUCUGCUGCAUUCACAGGCCUCGGCAUCUACACAUGGCACUCGGGGAUGAAACAAUUGCGUGAGAGGGACUAUGAGAUCGUGAAGAGCGGGACGAGGUUCGGGAUUCAGGCACGAAAGGGAGCGAUUUUGGUUACGAGUGCGGUUAUGGUGGGGCUGGGGGUUUAUAGGUUGAGGAAUUGA